GCAGCUACUGCCGAAGACGCGGCAGAUGGUCCACGCUCGCCCCCUGGUUUUAGGCAAUGCUGAAAGUUUCGCAACCGAGCUCAUAUUUGACGCGCUGCUCCCAUCUCUUUCACCUUCCUGUUGCAACACAUCCUGACUUUUCUCCUUCAUCUCGACUCAUUUUAUUUCCUCUUUACACAGCAUGAUGACGACCGACUCGCGUACACUCGGGGUCACAAGGUACCAGUGUUUCUGCGCAAUGAUGGCCGCGCUGGGCAGCGUGAACUUUGGCUGGAACAUUGGGGUUAUCAACAUUCCUGGUGAUGUCAUUGCCAACUGCGUCACUGGCGAAAAACACUAUGACGGGCCCUUCCCCUCGUGCAUCCCAACCGGCGGCACCGUGUGGGGCGUGGCCGUGGGCUGUUUCGCGCUAGGCGCGCUUGUCGGCACGGUUGCUGGCAAUCCCAUUUCUGACAAGUACGGCCGAAAGUUUGUUCUGACCUGGGGGCCUUUGCUGGCGUUGGGCGGAGCGCUGCUGCUGUCGCUGACGACGACACUGGCCCAAUUCAUCAUUGGCCGCAUUUUCGUCGGAUUCGCCGCUGGUUUCUGCAACGGCGCUCUGUCGGUAUAUGUCGGCGAAAUCACCACGCCUAGAGCGCGCAACAUUCUUGGCGGAACUCUCCAGCUGGCCACCAACGUUGGAAUUCUGCUGUCGCAGACAAUCUCGCUCGGGCUUUCCAGACCCCCACUGUGGCGCAUUCUGUUUGCAAUUACCGGUGUUAUUGGAGUUGUGACCACGCUACUGUUCCCGGUCUGUGUUGAGUCGCCCAAAUGGCUGGUGGCCCAGGGCCGUGUCGAGGAGGCCCGGCAUGCCCUGGCCCGGCUGCGCAGAGGCGCCGACAUCGAGCUGGAGCUCCAGGAGAUGCUCGACUUUGACGCCCAGACCAAGGCCCAGGCGGAAGAGGUGCCCAAGGCCAAUGUGCUUGACCUUGUGCUUGGCCGCACGCCAGACAACCUGCGCCACCAAUUCAUUGUUGUCUGCAUGAUCAUGAUGUUCCAGCAAAUGUCCGGCAUUAACGCAGUCAUCUUCUACUCGACGCAAAUCUUCAACCGCACUACCAAGGAUAAUCCUGCAGACAUUCCGACUACAGCACAGAUCCUGACCUGCGUCAUCUCGAUCGUCGCUACCGUCUUCACCUUUGUCGGCAUGCUUCUUGGCGCUCGCUUCGGCCGCCGCAGUUUGAUGCUGGUGUCACAUGGCUCAAUGGCCUUGUUCUGCCUGCUGAUAUCCAUCGGCUCUAUCAAGGGCGUCGACGCUCUUGUCAUCACCAUGGUGUUCUUGUUCAACAUCUUCUUCAACUUUGGUGUUGGCCCGCUGCCGUGGGCGGCGGCAUCUGAGAUGACUCCGGCCUACGCGAUGACAGCCAUGGCGGCUAUUGGUGGUGCAGUCAACUACGCCUUUACCUUCGCCAUUGGAGUGUUUUUCCCGCCAAUGCAGGAUGGCUUGGGCGACUACACAUUCGUGUUCUUCAUGGGCUUCAACAUUGCCGCGUUUUUCUUCUGCUUGCUUUUCCUGCCCGAGACCAAGGGCCGCAGGGUAGAGGAUGUUGUUGCCGAGCACUCGACCGGUUUCCACAUUGUGCUGGGCAAACGCACUCGUGCAUACGAUGUGCUGUCUGAAGACAAGGUUACCCAAGUGGUUGCCAAGUCUAGCGAAUUCGCGUAA